AUGUCUUGGAUUAGAGUAAACUCAAAAAUAAUCACCGAUCAACACCAACAACCACAGAAAUCACACAAUCAAGCUGAAGAAGAGCUUAGCCAUACCACAAGUGCGAGCAGCUUUUCCACUCUUGUACUCCCCAAUAUGCCCACAAUGUUCAACAUUUCAAGUAAUAUUUUGGUUACUUGCGUUCCAAAAGGCAGAGUUAAACAUGAAUUCUUACUUUUUACGGCAGAAAACAUGGGAACCUAUGUGGUUAACCAAUUGCGAUUGAUCACUAAAGCAAAUUUGCUUGACCUCAAAGAGGCAUGGAUAGUAUUCAUCCCAAUUUUAUCCCAAUGCAUGGAAUUUUUGUAUAACAGUACAUACUGGGAAGUGAAUGCUUUGUGA